AGAAGCAAUCCCCCAUAGUCAGAUUUUAAGGUUGUUGUUAAAUGAUCCUUCGGGCAUAACUCCAGUACCAGGCUUUUCGCUAGGUAGGCAUAUUAACUGUUAUCACGUAGAACGAGGUUUCGUGAGAAUCAUCAUCCGUACCUAAUCUAUAAACUACGACUGACGUUCUUGAGGCUCGUUACUAUUCAGAUGAGGCUAGCUUGGCGACGACUAUCAGAUUUCCGGAUGUGACCGAAGAGUAACAUUUCAGUUCUCGCCUUACCAAGUGUUCUUUGGCUCGAGUUGACUUGACACGUGUGGCCCGUUCCGCUGGAAUUCUUUUCGGCGUUUACCAUCUACAUCUCCGAACUUGGAGCAUGAUAGUCCCGCUGGGCAUCGUUGGAGUUGAGGUAGCAACGUAAUCGCCAGAUUAUACGUCACAGACUUAUAGAGAACAUUGCGUAGAGCGGCAUAUUCUCCCCGCGCCUUAACGCGUUUUGGUCAUCAUGCCGAGCUACGUGGAGGUGACACACGAGUUCUAGACAACGAGUUGUCUAUAGGCAAAGGAAUAUUUAAACGUGUAGAUGGCCUCUUUUCUCGGUUCUUCUGGAGUUGCUUAUACAAGACGAACUCUCUUCGACAGACAGACAUCACGAACACUACGACUAACCUAUAUGUAAACUUGCUAUAUUCCCAUCAUCACAGGGACUUCACUUUGAUUAUAUACACUUAUUCAGAAUGGCGGCGGCUUUCAAAAUCAGCGGUUACACCAUCUUAGUCGGCGCUGGUGGUGGUAUCGGUAUAGAGCUCGGUGCCUCUUUUGCCGAAGCAGGCUCGAAGGGUGUUAUCAUUGGAGAUAUCAACUAUGAGGCUGCCGUGAAAUCCGCCGAGCACAGCAAGACCGUAGCGACCGCUAAGGACUACAAGGCGAUUCCCGUGAAGGUCAACGUGACAGACGCUAAGUCGGUGCAAGACAUGGUUGAUGUUGCGAUCAAGGAGUUUGGCAGGAUCGACUACGUCGUCAACGCCGCCGGUGUUGAUGGUCGCAAGAACGUCCCGUUCGACCAAGCGGACGUCUCCGAUUUCGACCGUGUAUUUGACAUCAACGCCAAGAGCAUAUUAUACGUCACUCAGGCCGUUGCUAAGGUCAUGAAGGCCCAAGAACCCGCCAAGGUUGAUCUAGGGCGACACGGCGUUCGAGAUGUCGGCCGUGGCUCGAUCGUCAAUAUCUCUUCUAUUUUGGGAAUCAGCGCCCUGCCCAACAAGGUCGCCUACAUCACCUCCAAGCACGCCGUCGGGGGUCUUACACGAGCAUGCGCUGUUGACUACAAGGCUGUCGGCAUUCGAUGCAACCAGGUGUGCCCUUCGUGGGUUGACACCCCUAUGUCCUGGGAGGAGUACAACCGAAUCCCCCAACUGCGCGGGCUUAUUGAACAGCUGCCCGCUGCUGGGCGUCUAAUCGCGCCUUGGGAGGUAGCAUCUGCCUGCCUGUACCUCUGCACGCCGGCUGCAUACUACAUCAACGGCAGCACCUUGACGCUGGAUUCGUGCGUCCUAGUUGGACCUGCCGUGCCCGCCGUGGAGUAAACUGUGAUCCUUUAGGUGGUAGUCAUGCGGGGGGCUAGGGAAAGGGGUGUGCUCUGGCGGAUAUCUGCUUUGACGAUGAUGCUUACAAAGUUAUCAGGAGUCUGUUAUAGUUUACGUCUUUAGGAUAGGCAGUCCGAGCUCAGAAGGACCGCUUUUUACCUAGCAACUAAGCUGUCUGUCUUAUUAGGUAAAAUGAACUAAAAUUUCAAGCUUGUUAA